UUUUUCAGCCCCGGAGCCGGUUGGACGGCUGGAGUUGAAUCCAGAGCGGACCACAGCCCGGUGUCUUUUGAGUGUCCCUUCCCGUCGGUUUCUUAUCGCCCGGAGAGGAGAGAUUAUCAGAAGGCGGGGAGAAGUGGCAAAGGUGCGGAGGAGAUGGUUCCUUCAGCAGGAUGGACCGGAGGAAAGUCGUGCCCGGGAUUGUCCCCUGCUGUCUCCUACUGGCCCUGUCUGUCUCUGGAGAGGUUUCUGUAGGUGGAUACUUGAAUGUUGUGCUGAGUGCAGCUUCACUCUCCUGUUCAGAGGGCUUUAAAGAACUGGGAUACUAUAACGGCUCAGUUUCCUAUACGGUCUCAGGCUCCCCCUGCCUGAAGUGGACAGACUUCCCAGACUACAUGCAGCUGUACCCAGACCGAGGCCUGGGAGACCACAAUUUAUGCCGUAACCCAGACCAAGAGACCAACCCCUGGUGCUUCUUCAGGCAGAGCUCUGGUGCCAUCAGCUGGGCCUACUGUGACUGCAAUCAGGGUGCAGCCAGAUUGGUGGGGGGAUCAUCAGGCAACAGCGGGCGUCUGGAGGUCUAUCUGAAUGGCCAGUGGGGGGCAGUAUGUGACACACACUGGACUGACCGUGAUGCCAGCGUCAUAUGCAGACAGCUCAGACUGGGUGAGAUUGGUACAGCCCUGCAGCAUUCCUACUUCGGUCCAGGAUCCGUCUUCCACUAUGAGCGUCUGGGUUGCCGUGGUAAUGAGAAUUCCCUACUGGAGUGCCGGAGCCGGACGUUUGUCACCAGCGACUGCAACCAUGGCAAUGAAGCAGGGGUGGUUUGUGCUGAACCUGACGGCACUGGCAUUCCUUUGAGGCUUGUGGGAGGCCUAGAGGAUUUUGAGGGCCGUGUCGAGGUGUACUAUGACGGCAGGUGGGGAACCAUUUGCAAUAACCAUUGGGAUGACGCUGAUGCUGAGGUUGUGUGCCGACAGUUGGGCCUGGGGGGCGUGGCCAAAGCAUGGACAUGGGCCCACUUUGGCCAGGGUUUUGGUCCAAUCUUGCUGGGUGGGGUCCAGUGUACAGGUAAUGAACUAUCUCUGGAUGAGUGUCCUCAUUAUAACUGGGAGCAACACAACUGUGACCACUUGGAAGACGCAGGGGUCUCCUGCAACCCAUACACAGAUGGUGCAGUCCGACUGGUGGGAGCAGACGGUCACUGUGAGGGUCGUGUGGAGAUUUACCACCAGGGAGAAUGGGGCACUGUCUGUGAUGACAACUGGACGGAGCUCAACGCCCAGGUAGUGUGUAGACAGCUGGGCUUCAGGGGCCGAGCAGAAGUGGCUCCCGACAGGGUGUAUGAAGAAGGUCGCGGGCUGAUCCUGCUGGAUGAGGUGCAGUGUCAGGGAACAGAGGCCAGUUUACUGGCCUGCACCCACUCUGACUGGGGCCAACAUGAUUGCUCCCACAGUGAGGAUGUAGGUGUCCGCUGUGAGAGGAAAGGUGAUACUAAUGAGAUAACAGGCCUGUUGCCUCCUGGUGGCCCUCUGGUGCGUUUGGUUGCUGGAGAAAGCAGGAAGGAGGGGAGAGUGGAGGUCUUCAUUAACAGCGAGUGGGGAAGCGUUUGUGAUGAUGGCUGGAACGAUGUCAAUGCCGCUGUAGUUUGCAAACAGCUGGGAUUCAUCGGCACAGCUAAAGCUCGAUCCAUGGCGUACUUUGGUGAGGGUCAAGGUCCCAUCCAUCUGGACAACAUUCGAUGCUCGGGCACCGAGACAUCCUUGGGCCAGUGUUCGGCUACAGGUCAAGACGGCCAUGACUGCCGCCACAGUGAGGAUGCAGGCGUCAUUUGUGAUUAUACCCUGGAUCCUGUUGGAGAUGGUGCCAUGGCAAUGCAGACCUGUGGCCUGAGACUCAAUAAUCAGCGACGACGCAGGAUCAUAGGAGGAGAUAAGUCACUUAGGGGUGACUGGCCCUGGCAGGUGUCUUUGUGGCUGAGGUCUCAGUCUAAAGGCAAUCAUCCUCUGUGCGGAGCAUCACUCAUCAACCCUUGUUGGGUUGUGACCGCUGCCCACUGCUUCAAGAGAUUUGGCAGAGACCCGACCCGCUACGUGUUGCGCCUGGGUGACUACCACACCGAGGAGCAGGAUGACUUUGAACGCACCUUGUCCCCUGAACACAUUGUCAUACACAGAAAGUAUCACAGUCAGGGCUGGGAGUACGACAUCGCCCUGCUGAGGCUCAAAGGCACAGAGGGCAACUGUGUGGCAUUCAACCCGCACACUGGUUCAGUGUGUCUGCCAGAGCCAGGUAACACGUGGGAGAAGAGGCCUGCUGCCUGCGUGAUCACUGGCUGGGGCAUCACAGACUCGGAGUACUCCCGGACUUUGCUCCAGGCCUGGGUCCCCCUGCUUCCAGCCUGGAAGUGUAAAAAGCGUUAUGGCAGUCGCUUCACAAGCCGCAUGCUGUGUGCUGGGAGUCUGUCAGAGCGCCGCCGUGUGGACAGUUGCCAGGGUGACAGUGGGGGUCCGCUGGUUUGCCAGGGGGAGGGGGGCCGUUGGGUGCUGACAGGAGUAAUCUCCUGGGGUCAUGGAUGUGGUAAUCCCUUUUUCCCCGGGGUGUACACUCGUGUUAGCAGGUUCCUGCGAUGGAUUGAAAAAGUCAUCAACAAACCGUACAAGAACUAAUGAUGGAGAACAACACUCGACAACACUGGUUAUCCAGUGUUGUUGAGUGUCUUCAGGGCUUGUAGCAGGUGUGUAUUAGUAAGAAUUAAGCCUGCUGUCAAUUGCCUCUGUGCUGUGCCUCCUGGCCGUCUACACCGAGCUCUUCAGUUCAUUUGUCGCUUUUCCCACAUCACUUCAAAAAGCAUGUAAAUGACACUGUAUAGUAUUCUCACAGCGUGAAUUAAUGCCAAAUUACCAUACAAUAGGGGACAUCAUUUAAUUGGCCAUGAGCAGAACCAGUGAUGAGCGCACAGCAAAUAAGAUGUGUUAUAGAUUUGACAUUUGCCCAAACUGUUACAUGUGCUUGUUUCUUGCACCUCUUCAUCUAACCACUUCAUUACUCACUUGCAAAAGGGUAUUUAAAACUAAUCUGCCAACACAAAAGCACUAAAAAAAAUAGUUUGCAGUGCAAACAGAUUUUUAUUAAACAAAGACUUAGCAGUGCUUUGCUGACCAGUAACGAUGUACUGCUUCACAAUACUAGCCCUCCAGUGGUUUGCCUAUUAAUAUGAAGGAGCAGCAGCUUGAGGGCAGGGUUUGUUAUAUGGUUUUGGCAUGCUCCCAAGCACUAGUCCUUACUGUGAGGCCAUGUGGAAAUGCAUAUGUUCAUGGCUGGGCAAUACAGGUCUUUUAGUCCAAAAUAAUUUUGGACCUGAUCCGAAGUAGACCAAAUAAAUAUUGGUUUAUCAAAAUUUAUUUAAGCACUAUUCUCUAUUUAAAACAGUACCCAUCCAACAAACUGGAAUAGAGAAAGGCAUAUUGAUAUAGAGACUCAAGACCUGUGGCAAUACAUUCAGGAUCUGGCAACUAGGAGCCAAGUGGACCCAUGAAGACCUCUACUGGGUGCACAUGGAACAGUUAAAUAGUGCUACACUAAGCAGUCAUGUAAAAAGUUGCACGCCUUACAAUCACAUUGGGUCACCUGUGAGAACGUCAUGUAGCCCUGAGCCAUUGAAAGAAUGACAGUAAUGCAGAAAAGAAAUACCUUUGAAGAAUGAUGUGUCUGGAAUAGUAUAGUACUGAAAUUGUACAUAGACAUUUUAUUUGUUUCAUUAACAUUUCAAGUGUGCAUCUCUGAACCUACACCAAAGGUCAAACCAUUAUUCAUUUUUUUUCAUUAACCAUUAAUGACAUAAUUCUUGCCAGAUGUAUUUGUUUGAUAAAUGUAACUAAUCACAGGUCUAUAAAAUAACAUUUACUCACAACUACCAUACAGUAAAAAGUGUCAAAGGCUCAAGUCCAUUGAUAGGUUGUCUACACAUGGCUUAGGGAGGCUUAUAACCAAAGACUGAAUUACCAAUCGGACAAAACAGGCAACUGUCAUGUGUCUCAGGCACAGGACACCAGUAUUCGACCACAAAACUCAUAAGAGAGACUAGCUGGAUAGUCUCUAUUCUAACUGGAAGCCUUUUUGUUCGUUUUCCAGAAACCAUUCAUUAAAUGUCUCAAAAAAAAUGUAUUCAAUUCUUCACAAUCCCUCACCAUUUUCCUUAUACUGUACAAUCCAUGCUCUGCAGAACUGUAAAAUGCUCACAAAGAGUUGAAGGAAAUACCUGUCCUACAAUGGUUCACAUGGCAGUCUCAGUAUAAUGUAUAUUUUCACAGCUCUAAUUGCAUCUCUCUGCUGCUCUUACUUUCUCACUGGUUAAUUUAUUCUUUAUUCUGAUGAUUGUACUUUGUUCUCUCUCAAUGUUAAGUUGUUCUUAAUGACACUCAACACCUCUCGCAGAUGUUUAGAAAGCCUUACACAAGGGAGGAAUUACUGCCUAAAUUAUUGGAAGGCUUUUAAUCUGAAACUGAUUGAGGAAACAUUAAAUUUGCAUUAACAGCAGACAGAAAAUUAACACAACAGAAUAUAGGGAGGUUUUUUUUAAAUAAUAUAUUUAUUAUUCUUUGCCGAAACAAAGCAAAGCUAUGUUGGCAAUAGCACACAUUAAGCUAAUUAAAGAAACAACAUAAAACACACAGAACCAUUUGGUACUUGGACACAAAAUCUUUUCAAAUGUUGGUAAUCCCAAAUGUAAUAUAUCUAAAUUGUAAAUAAAUUAUGACCUAGUAUUUAAUGAAUUAAUUAACUUUAGUUAUUCUCUAGAGACCAAGGACACACCAAGGAGAAUUCAUUCCUCUGCUUCAUAAUCAAACCAUCUUCUUUAUCAUAAAAUUCAUACACUUCACAAAAGCAAAGUAUGAUCCCCAAACCUUUUCAAACAUUUCCUGUUUUCCUUUUAAUAAAUAACUUUUUUUGACAGAAGACGUAAUAGCAUUGUUCAAGACUUGGCCUGUUAGUCAUUUUCCAAAAAAGUGAAAUGAGUCCUUUAACAUGCAGAGGAAAAAAAGAUCUGUAUUUGUUAAUUUUAAUAAAAUUGUGUUCCUCUGGAUAUGACCCUAAAAUAAAAAAACUUAGAAUCAAUUGGGAUGCUCUUAGACACGACCAUUUCCAUUUGUUAUCUCUUACCGCCUCCCUAUAGGUCAAUUUUUCUGCAUUGGGAAACGGUGUAACACGUCCUCUUCAUUUCUGCCCAUUUACUGCAUAAAUCUGGAAUGUUUCUAAUUUAUUGAUUCAAUCUUACCAGAGUGACAAACUCACCAAAUACUUUAUUAUACUGUGUCAUGUUCAUGAAACCAGUUUGAGAUGACUUUUGCUUUGUGACAUG